AUGAAGGAAACAUCAUCCACAAAAACGGCCUCAAGUGUUUCUUCCUCGAACCAGCCCAUACGCAUGUCAAGUGACACAUCAACAAGUUCGGUAAAGAAGAAGAAGACGAGCACGAGGUCAAUGAUGAAGCAUCUAAUAGGCGUUGUAAGUCAGUUAUCUUCAAAAGUAAACCUUGUAUUGCAGAAAAAAGAUAAACCAAAUAAAAGGUUUAGUGGGGAGGACAUGGUAAAUGUAGAGGAGGAAGAACCAUAUAACCAUGGUCCGGAGAUGAAUUUUGAUGAUACCUGUGUUUAUGGGUUGGAGAAGGAAUUUGUCCCUACUGCUACGGGGCAUGUAGUUGAUCCGUCACCGGAGAUUGUUCAACUUGACGAAAAAGCAGUCACACCUAUUGGUACGCCAUAA